AGAGAGAGAGAGAGAGAGAGAGAGAGAGAGAGAGAGAGAGCGAGAAAAAGAGAGAGGGGGGAGAGAGGGAGAGGAGACAUACUGGAUAAAGGCUACGACAAAAAAAAAAACAUGAUGAUAAUGGAGUCGAGGCGGUGGAGGAUGUCUGAUUUACGAGAAAGGACUGUUGAAAUUUGACAGAGGGCUCGUGUUGAAACCUGUUCUCGUUUUUUUUUUUUGUUCAUUCUGUUUGAUUUCCACAUGCUGCGUGGACAUUGACGGCGUGCCGAGGAAGGGGAGCACCCACGGAUGCCUCGGUAGGUAAAAAAAGACGGGGUUCACCGCUGGCGCUAUACAGGCAACAGGACGCAUCUCAUCUCACGGAUGGUAAUAAAGGACAUCCUGAAGAUAGCUCUGGACUGAUGGAUGAGGAUGAAACACAGCUUUAACCCCCCACCACCCUCUCCACCCACUGUGAAAGAAAGAGAAUCCCGUUUUGAUGGAAUUUUUUUUUAAUCAUUCAUGGUGUAGCCCCAAGGAAACGAGCCUUAGACAGCAAUGUUGAAUCACUGGUCUUGGUAAAUUAUUCAUUAGUGGUGUAGGUAGGCUAUGAUUUUGUAUUGCUUCAAUGUAGCAUCCCCUCCCCACCCCCCCAUUCGUUUUUACAAUGUUUUGUCUUCUGAUAUCAUAACACACACAUUUGCAGGUAACAUUUUUAUCGUGUUGUGAUGUAGGCUCAUUUAACAGCCUUUAACAGCCACAUAAGAAAUAGCCAAAGUGGGGGGAAUUUUUUUUAGCGCAGGAAAGCUUUGAUAUAGAGAAGGAAAACAAAAAUACAAUACCUGCGAAGUGAGGGGUGCCCAGCUGUCUGGGCAUUAUUUAUUUUUUUACAUUAUUUAGGCUACAUUAAUUUCUUUCUUGUGAGAGUCUAAAGAGGAGGAGGACGGGGGUGGUAAGAGAGAUAUAAAGAGAGAAAAAAAAAACCGACCAAACAUGUUGCCUUCCCAAGAAGCCUCCAAGAUCUACCAUGACAAUUAUAUGCGCAACUCCCGGGCCAUCGGGGUGCUGUGGGCCAUCUUCACCAUCUGCUUCGCCAUCGUCAACGUGGUGGUGUUCAUCCAGCCCUACUGGAUCGGCGACAGCGUCAACACGCCGCAGGCCGGCUACUUCGGCCUCUUCCACUAUUGCGUGGGCACCGGGCCGUCGCCCAACCGGGAGCUCACCUGCGUGGGCAGCUUCUCCGACUUCAGCUCCAUCCCGUCCGGAGCCUUCAAGGCGGCCUCCGUGUUCGUGCUGCUGUCCAUGGUGCUGACCCUCAGCUGCAUCGCCUGCAUGGCGCUCUUCUUCUUCUGCAACACCUCCACCGUUUACAAGACCUGCGCCUGGAUGCAGCUGCUGUGCGGAGUGUGCCUGGUGCUGGGUUGCAUGAUCUUCCCCGACGGAUGGGACGCCGAGGUCAUCCGGGACAUGUGCGGGGAGCAGGCGGGGAAAUACUCCCUGGGCGAUUGCUCUGUACGCUGGGCCUAUAUGCUGGCCAUCAUGGGCAUCCUGGACGCCCUCAUCCUCUCCUUCCUGGCCUUCGUCCUGGGCAACCGACAGACAGAUUUCUAUCUUGAUGAUUUGCAGACAGACAACAAAGAUUUUGCUGUGUCAAGGAUUGAGGUGCGGGACAGAAGAGAGCCAAGGUUAGUGGAUUUGUGCAGUUUACUCCAGUAUAAGGUUCCAGCAUACAGUGAUCAGUUUACUCUACAGAUGUCUUAA